AUGUCCGUCCCUCCGUCUAGUGUUCCGUCGCCUCCAUCUACUCCCGAACCGUCGCCUCCGUUCACUACAGCCCCGACUCCUCCAUCUGCUACAAAUCCCGGCCCGUGGCCUCCAUUUGCUAAUUCAGACCUGUCGUCGCCGCCGCCUUCAUCGACUCCGCCGCCGACGCCACCCGUUGUACCGGCUGCUCCGCCGCACCAAACGCCAGCUUCACCGCCGCCGGUGUUUCCACCUGCCCCGCCAGCAGCUGCACCUCCCGAGCCACCGCCGGUGACGCCGGCUGCUCCGCCGGCAUCUUCACCGCCGCCGCAGCAGCCAGCGACUCCGGCUGCUCCGCCGGCUUUUCCUCCUCCCGCGCAGCCGCCAACAACUCCCGCUUCUCCGCCCGCAUCUUCGCCUCCGCCCCCGCCGCCGGUGGAGCCAGAUGCUCCUCCGGCUUCUUCGCCACCCCCGCAGCCGCCAGUGACGCCAAGCGCUCCACCGCAGUCGCCAGUCACGCCACCCGCCCCGCCGUCAUCACCUCCCCUGCAGCCACCAGCGACUCCAUCUGCUCCGCCGGGUCCUUCUCCGCCGCAGCCGCCAGCGUCACCAGCUGAUCCGCCGGCUUCUUCUCCUCCUCCGCAGCCGUCACCGCCACUAGCUGACCCGCCAGCAUCUUCUCCACCGCCGCAAGUUACACCUGCUGCUCCGCCAGCGUCUCCUCCUACACCGCAUCCACCAGUGACACCAGUUGCUCCGCCGCCGCCUUUUCCUCCCCCGCAGACACCAGUG